CUGUCUUGCUUCUGUUCUUUGCUGCGUCUAUACGCUGUAUGCUGUAUGUUGUAUCUUGCUACGGUAGAGGCAGAUUUACAGAAUGGCUUCCCAGGGGCCAUAUGACGAGAAGGCCACCAUUCCCGCUAUAGAGGAAACGUCGCCUGCGGCUGGCGAGUACGAUGAGAACGAGCCCACCGAGGAAGAGCUGGCGACUCUGCGACGUGUGCCGGGCAAGCUCCCACUGGUAGCCUAUCUCAUCUGUGCGGUCGAGUUCUCCGAGCGAGCUUCGUAUUUGGGUGUUUCGGGCCUUAUCUCCAACUUCAUCAAUCGUCCCCUCCCCGUGGGUGGCAAUGGCUACGGUGCACCUCCGCGGGGUACGCAGCAGACCGCCGGCGCCUUGGGCAUGGGCACGGUCAAGGCAAACGCCGUCAACCAGUCGUUUAGCAUGUUGGCGUAUGCCCUUCCAAUGGUGUUCGGCUACCUGUCGGAUGCGCAUACGGGCCGCUUCAAGAUGAUCUUCUGGGGUGUCUUUGUUUUUGGUGUCGCUCAUGUCCUGAUGGUUGGGGCGACCGCACCAACUCUGCUGGCGAAUGGAGGUGCGAAAGCGCCCUUCUUCAUUUCCUUGUAUAUGUUGUCGGUCGGUGCCGCCAUGUUUAAGCCCAACGUCUCCCCCCUUUUGUUGGAUCAGAUGCCCACGACCAAGGCGAAGACGAAGCUGCUGCCGAACGGCGAGAAGGUUAUCGUCGACCCCGAGGUCACGACCGAGCGUGCCAUGCUCUGGUUCUAUUUGCUGAUCAAUAUUGGUGGCUUUAUGCAAGUCGCUACCUCCUAUGCUGAGAAGUACGUCGGGUGGUGGUUGGCUUUUAUCUUGCCGCUGUUUCUGUAUCUUCCGCUCCCAGUCCUCUUGCUCUGGCUACGGAAACGUCUCGUUCUACACCCUCCUGGCGGCAGUGACCUGCUCAAUGUCGUCCGAGUAUUGGGCAUCUGCCUCCGUCGUGGUGGUGUCUUUCGUAUUGGACGCCAUGGAUUCUGGGACGCGGCCAAGCCGUCAGUAAUCGCAGGAAAGGGCCAGAAUAUCAACACUGCUUGGAACGAUCAAUUUGUGGAGGAUGUCCGCCGCACAUUCCAGGCGACGGGGAUCUUUUGCUUUUUCCCUAUCCAGUAUAUCAAUGACAACGGAUUGGGUAACGCUGCAAGCUUUUUGUCGACCAUGCUGACGACGAACGGCGUGCCUAACGACGUCAUCAGUAACUUCAACGCGCUGAGUAUCAUCUGCUUUGCUCCCAUCCUCAACUACAUGCUGUACCCCUUGCUGCGUCGUCUCCAUAUUCGAUAUGGCCCUGUGGCGCGGAUCACCACCGGACUUGCCUUGUCUUCGAUUGGUGGCGUAGGCUACACUGUUCUUAACUACUACGCCUACAAGCUCGGACCCUGCGGCAAGUACGGAUCUUCUGACACGUGCGUGGAUGCCGACGGAGUUUCUUUGGUGGCUCCGAUCAGCAUUUGGUUUAUGGCCAUACCCUAUGCCCUUGGCGGUAUUUCUGAACUCUUUGUCAAUGUCCCAGCGUACGGUAUCGCCUACUCACGCGCCCCCAAGAACAUGCGUGGCUUGGUCUCGGCCAUCAACCUACUCAACACCGCCGUUGCGUAUGCGAUAGGGCUGGCCUGCUCCGCCGUUGUCAAGGAUCCAUAUCUCACCUGGGUAUUCGGCGGUCCUUCCAUUGUCGGUGGCGUUCUCACUGUAAUUUUCUACUUCAUGUUCCGCCACAUCGACCAGGAAGAAUACAUGCUGAGCGAGGAUGCCGAGCCCACUCUUGUGCUUGAAGGUACCGGAAACACAUUCACGGAGAAUUCCUAUAACAGAACGACCAACCCAACUCCUGCGAUUGCUGAGAAUGAAGAGUUUGGCAUCUCACCGAAACAGUAAUAACCAGGUAGCCCAAGUUCUGACUUGAUCCUAUGGAUGUUCUUCAGAGGGGCCGGGCUAGAAUAGUAUUCGAGACAAUUUCGAACGUUUUGAUACAUUGACAAUAAUGUUUCGGAUUAGGGUCAAUGAAUUUG